AUGUCACUGCAACAACACGCUGCCAGAGAACGGCAACAAGUGGAAGACACUUCUUCCGAUAUCCCCGGAGGUACAGUUGAAGAACAAGACUAUGAAUCCGAUUCUUCUGAUGAAUCAAGUAUAUUAGAAGAGAAACCCAAGUCUCGGAAGCCUGGAGACAAUGCCUUCAGACAACAACGGUUGAGGGCAUAUAAUCCGGUGUUUACAGCCAGAACAGUUAUUCCUACGCUUUUCAUCAUAGCCAUUAUAUUUGUUCCGUUAGGAGUGGCUAUGUGGUACGGAGCAAACAGAGUCCAAGAAGUUAUGAUUGAUUAUACCCAAUGUGAAAACCUUGCUAGUAGAGAUUACUACUCUGAGAUUCCGAAGAAAUACCUUAAGAUCCAUUUUAACGGAGUCAAGACCUCAGACAUUGCUAGACCUCAAUGGAAGUUGGAUACCAACAACACUGAGCAAUUUGAAGAUGAAAGGAACGUUUGUCGUAUUCAAUUCGAAAUCCCCCAUGAUAUAAAGCCUCCUAUUUUAUUCUUUUAUCGGUUGAAGAAGUUCUAUGCUAAUCACCGGAGAUAUGUGAAGUCCUUCAGUGAAGACCAAUUGAAUGGUAAAGCGGCUGAUUAUGAUACUAUUAACAAUAAUAUUGGUCAAAACUGUCAACCUAUGUCUCGGAAUUCGCAAGGACAGAUUUACUAUCCAUGUGGGUUGAUUGCUAAUUCUUUGUUUAAUGAUACCUAUGGUUCCGGUUUACAAGCUGUCAAUGGGUCCAGCACAGACUUCUCAUUGACCAAUAAGGGUAUCGCAUGGAGCACUGAAAAGAAUAGAUUCAAAAAGACAAAAUACAACUACACUCAAGUGGUUCCUCCUCCAAAUUGGUUCAAACGCUAUCCAAACGGAUAUAAUGAGACCAAUAUGCCAGAUCUUUCCACUUGGUAUGAAUUACAAAACUGGAUGAAACCUGCUGCCUUACCUGAUUUUGUCAAGUUAGCUCUCAAGAAUAAAGAGGAUACACUUAAGAAGGGUAAAUAUGAAGUUGCCGUGGGUUUACACUUUCCUGUUAUACCUUACAGGGGCAGCAAAUACCUUUAUCUUUCCACCAGAUCUGUAAUUGGAGGUAAGAACUACUUCCUCGGCAUCAGUUGGAUCGUUGCAGGGGGUUUAUGUUUGCUUCUUGCUUCAGCCUUGUUAAUUGUGAACUUAGUUAAGCCACGGAAGAAUGGUGAUCCCAAGUACUUAAGUUGGAAUAAAGUCGAAGAUGAACACAAUACGGAAAAAUAA